UUCUGCGUGUUAAACCUGCGACAGACUAGGGUGUAAUUCUUUUCGCGCUCGCGCUCGCGCUUCGUCGCCCCAGCUCUUCUGUAGCCUCGAAUUUUUGCAGUUUAGGCGGUGCGAACCUCUCUUUCAACAUGGCAACUCAGAUGAGCAAGAAGCGGAAGUUUGUAGCAGACGGUGUUUUCUUCGCCGAGCUCAAUGAGCUUCUCACCCGCGAGCUCGCCGAAGAUGGCUAUUCUGGAGUGGAAGUGCGCGUCACUCCCAUGCGGACCGAGAUCAUCAUCCGCGCUACCCGCACACAGAAUGUUUUGGGUGAGAAGGGACGCAGGAUCAGGGAAUUGACUUCCGUGGUUCAGAAACGGUUCCAGUUUCCUGAGGGCACAGUGGAGUUGUACGCUGAGAAGGUGAACAACCGUGGUCUGUGCGCUAUUGCGCAAGCUGAGUCUCUUCGAUACAAGCUUCUCGGAGGUCUUGCUGUACGCAGGGCUUGCUAUGGAGUGCUGAGGUUCAUCAUGGAGAGCGGUGCCAAGGGUUGUGAGGUGAUAGUGAGUGGAAAGCUUCGUGCAGCUCGUGCAAAGUCCAUGAAGUUCAAGGACGGAUACAUGAUAUCAUCUGGAAGCCCUGUCAACGACUACAUUGAUAGUGCUGUAAGACACGUCAUGUUGCGACAGGGAGUGUUGGGCAUCAAGGUUAAAAUCAUGCUUGACUGGGACCCGAAGGGCAAGCAAGGACCUAUGACUCCCCUUCCAGAUGUGGUUACCAUCCAUAUGCCAAAGGAGGAGGAGGAAUUUGCUCACAAGCCUCAUGUAGGAAAGGAAGAGUUGUAGAGCAGAGAACUGCGAAUGUCAUUUUCAUUGGAAUCGAAUGUAAAAAUCAAUUCUGUGCUCCUUUGCUUAACCAUCUAAACGGAUUGUUUUCGUAGCUUUUA